UGAUCCUGAGCAGGUACAAAAUAUAGCUCAAAGAAACUACUGAGAAUGUACCAGUGCUGGUCUCAGAAAACCCACAAAUUACAGCUGUCAGACUGGUUCCUUCCCAGACAUAGAAAGAACUUGACAUAUAUGAACCUGAGAACUACUACCGAAUGGUCAGCUCCAGUUGUGUGGCAUGGGACUUACAAUGAGCUAGUCUUGGAAAAGUAUUAUGCAAAUCAUGACAUUACUGUGGGGUUGAUUGUGUUUGCUGUGGGAAGGUAUCUUCCAUUCUACUUGCCCCACUUUUUGAAAUCUGCUGAUAAAUUUUUUAUGGUUGACCAGAAAGUCAUCAUUUAUGUCAUGGUAGAUAACUUCUCCAAAAUGUCUUGGAGGCCUUUGCGGCGCCUUUGCGUGUUCAAAGUUUUUGAAAUUAAGCGCGAGAAGAGAUGGCAAGAUGUCAGUAUGAUGCGCAUGAAGACUAUCAGUGAACACAUUGCGGACCACAUCCAGUAUGAGGUUGACUACCUCUUCUGUAUGGAUGUGGAUCAAGUCUUCAGAACAAAUUAUGGUUUGGAAACGCUGGGAGAGUCAGUAGCUCAGUUACAUGCUUAUUGGUAUAAAGCUAAUAUUACAAAUUUACCUUAUGAAAGAAGACAGAUAUCAGAAGCUUAUAUACCUAGGGGUAAAGGAGACUUUUAUUACCAUGCUGCUGUUUUUGGUGGCACAACCAUUCAAGUUCUUGAUAUUGUCAAGGAGUGUGCCAAAGGAAUCAUGAAUGACAAGAAAAAUAACAUUGAAGCAGUGUGGCAUGAUGAAAGCCACUUAAAUAAGUAUUUCUUUCUCCAUAAACCCACUAAAAUCUUAUCACCAGAAUACUGCUGGGAUUUCCAUAUUGAAAGGCCUUCUGAUAUUAAGCUUGUCAAACUCUCAUGGAGUUUUAAGUUUUAUAAACUUCUUAGAGAAGCAACAUAA